GGUAUUUUCAAAUAUUAAUAAUGUACAGUGCACAGAUGGUUAUAUUCUCAUUAAGUAAUUCAGUAUAUAAACCAGCUGACAUGUUUCGCAGUUUUAUCAUGGAUCCCAACAUGAAGCAGCUCCAAGAGGCUCUGGUUGACAUAGAAACAGACGCAGAACAACUUCUGCUGGCAAGGCAUCAGCUAGUGGAGAAUGAUAGGAUGAGGAAUGCUAACAGGGAGGCCCUGACAGCCCUCCGGAAAAGAGCCAGGACAACUAAAACUAGCGUGCCAUCUCCAUUUGAAAUCAUAAUGAAAGAGAUGGAAGGAACCUCUCGCAAACAACUAGCAAAGGAGAUAUGCCCAACUUGUGGAAACCACAACCCCAAAGAACAUACCUGGUUAACGUUUCCAGGGUCUGAUAUUUUUGCUCGUGUUCCACUUCAUGUGGCACACACAGUUUUGGAUAAAGAUCAAGAACUUGUAGACUACGACACCAAGAAGCUGCAAAGCUUUGUCAAGGAGAAAUCAUUUGUGAUCUCGGAGAAAGGUGCCCUCGCGGACAAAAUCAGCCCGGGCAUCGUGAAAUCCCUCGUCAGCCUUACAGAUAAAACUAGUUAGGCACAUGUGACAAGGUCAGCGAAUCAUGUUCACAGUGCUCAGGGACUCUCACAUGGCGUGAAAUGAAGCUUCUGCUGGGUUCACCAAUCGUGCUUGUUAACGAGUCCAAUGUUUUACCUGCAUCUUGGUUUUGCUGUGCUGUGAGAUUACGCUGCUACUGACAAGAAAAGUAAGCAAACUGGAGUCCUGAACCUGUACCUAUUUCGAAUGAGAAUCCAAGUAGUCUGGCUGCAAAUUCCUGAAUACUAGUUCUGAACCGAACCUGUCUUCCCAUAUUCAAUCUACGGUUUAAGCAGUUAACACUC